UUUAUUAAUCUAACGUCUUCUUAAAAUACUUCAUAUGCGCGGUUCGACAUUUGAAAUGUAAAUAUUUAAAAAAGCGAUUUCUAGCAAGAAGGAUGCAGCGCCUUGAAGGGCAAGAUUUCCGCACAGCACCAUGAUUCUGCGUUUUUUCUUUGGGACUACUUUACGACCAUGUGUUAGAGUAUUCUGGGCUUAUGCAAAAAUCUUUCCUCUUUCGUACACAUUCAACGAACGCUAAGGCGAGAUGUUGUCUUCGAGCAUAUUCUACGUCAAAAGAGCUUUGCCAGCGUUAUAACUUACGGUUCGGCUUAAUUAUUGUGCUAAUUCAAGUGAAUGAUCAAUUUUCAGUUCCCUGGGUUGAAGCUAAUCUGUCGUCAGCUAAGAGAUUUUUUGAGUCUGUCAUAUCAGCCCAUUAAGCUAACAUGAUAUCCUGGCCAUGUGACUGGGAAUUCCUAAGCAGAUUGAAUGGGAAGCUUUUGAAAACAAAAAAAAACUCUUAAAACAAUGUGUCUGGACUCUAGUGAUUCAGAGAGCUCAAGUUCAGAGACAGAUGACUCAGAUUCUGAAUCUGAUGGGAGCUCAGACACAGACACAGACAGUGACACAGAGGGAGAGAACUUUUGUGCUAUAGAGAAAAAACCUGUUAGAGCCAAACAAAAAGGUGCAUCCCACAAAAUUCCUGCCAAAAAAAAAAGAACUCAACCUAAUAAGAGAAAGAGUAGCAAGGAGAAUACAGGGAAAGGUACAUCUAUGGAAACAGCCAAAAAUAAAAAAGGGAAGGUUAGUAAACCAAGACACAGCAAAAAGAAGGUUAAACAGGGCAAACCAAAUAUGAAGGAGUUAGAAGGAUUGGGCAGAGAUAUUGGUGACAAAUGGAAAAUUCUGGGAAGACGCUUAAAAGUAUCAGAAGAACUGGAAAUAAUCGAUGCACGAUAUAAUAUUCUUUCUGAAAAAGCCUUCCAGAUGCUUAAACACUGGACCCAGAAAAGAGGUUCCUCUGCAACCUACAGAGUUCUAAGUGGUGCCUUAAAAGAUGAACUUUUAGAACGUAAAGACUUAUCAGAAAAGUACUGUUAUGGUUGAUAGUUGACAUAACAAUUCUUUUCCUGUCUUUUAACUCAGAUAUGCUGGGGAAUGAGAAGUUUUAGUAUACCCUUUCUCCACUCUGUUUUCUUGUUCUUUGAUUUACACAUGUUUCUUUCUUGGAGAGAUUUAAAAAACUCAUCCAAAUUCAUGACAGUUCUUUGCACAACCAAAACAGCUGCUCAAGAGUCAGAGUUGUGUAAUAGCAAACCAAGUACAGUCAGCAAGAGUGUUGUUUCGUGGUCAGAUCUCAAAGUAUAAUUUGAGACAUUCAAAUUGAUCACUCAGUUUACAGAUGGCAAUUAUUUUCAAAAGAACAGACUGAAGCAGAAAAAAGCAAUUUGCUGAUUUUUUUUUUUCCAUUCUUUGGGUAUUGUCUGGUUGGUAGGUCACUGAAAUUUUAGUCUUUUUUAACUUCAUUUUUAAUUUGUUAGAACAGCGUUUUUGACUCUUUCUCAUGCUAAGCAUUAGUAAAUUGAGAUCAUCAGUUAUACUAAACAGGUUAAUUGGUAUGAAAAGCUUGUAGGUUGAUUUUAACCAAAAUAAAUAUAAUUAUUCAAGUCAUUAUUACAUUUUUACUGAUGAAUUGUUGUAAUUUAUGAAACUACACAGAAUUUUAUUUUUUUAACACCCUGUUGUUAGUGUGCUAAUGGAGAAUUCCUCCAAAAAAGUGUUACAAAAAUAUUUGGUAAGGAUGGCAGUAAUUUUUUUUCUUCAUGUUAAGCCCUAAAUUUCGUCCGUUAAAGCUAUAGAAGGUUGUAUAGGAUUAUUUGGAUUGUAUAGAUCAAGACAAAUGAGAAGAAAGUAAUAUUGCAAACCGUUUAAAAUAUGAAAAUAUGAAUUUGCUGUUAAAUUACUGCUCUUAGAUGCCCAGCAUUGUAAAAUGUAAAUUGAAAUUAUCUGUAAUAAAAUAUGCUUAACUCAUUGAAUCUCA